UAGUACACAAUUCUUUGGACUGACGAUGGCUGACCUGGGCGUGGUUUCCAAGGCCGUAGAGGCUGUCAUGGACGCUUGCUUCAAGGGGUCAUUGGCAGAUCUUCGUUCCGCCGUACGCCAUUUGCUAUCGGUGGACAACCCUGAUAAGCAGCCAAGCGACUCCAAGGGUGAGACAUUCAGCUGCAUGGAAUUAAGCGCUUUGGAGUCAUUACGUGACGCCAAGCAGCAUUGUGUAGCCCAUAUUGCGGCCGCUGGAGGCAACCUCAGUGUUUUGCAGUGCCUGCUAACAGCGCUUCCGGCACUUGCAUUCUUUGAAGAUGAAAACGGGGAGAACCCAUUGUUUUAUGCAAUACGAGCUGCUUCGGGCGAUAGUGGCUUUGUAAAUAAAAACUCUAAUGUUUUUUCGUCUGUACUCUUGCUUUUGGGGCACUGUGGACCGAAUUGUAUCAGCAAGAUGGGUACCAGCCCAUUACACGUUGCCGCCGAGCUUGGUGCCUUUGACGUCUGCAAACUACUAGUUGACAAUGGCGCUGAUGUCAACUUGUACUCAGAAUAUGGGACACCGCUAACCAUUGCGGCAAUACGAGGGUACAUUGAUAUUGUGGAGUACCUUCUAUCGCAUGGCGCCAAUCCGGAUGGAUAUCCCUCAUUCGAGUCUGGCGCCGUCCAAAAAGGGCAGUGCAGGUUUCCACCACCGCUGGUUUUUGCGUGCAGUACUCGCCACGACAAAGUGUUUGACCUGUUGUUGUCACAUGGCGCCAGCUGGUCGGUUACUGACUCUGAUGGUUGGACCCCUUUACACUGUGCAGCUGAAUGCGGAUCGGUACGCAUGGUCUCCAAGUUGCUAGAAAUUGGGGCUGACAGCAAUAUAAAGGUGGAUGGAAGGAAUGCAUACCACCUGGCUGUAGCAAACGGCCACGAAGGAGUGGCGGAGUUGCUAAGACCUAUAACUGAUGAUACAGUGAUGCCAACAGAACGCGCUACUAACAAGGAGCCGGAAAUGGCCGUUCACACUGAGCCGUUUAGAGGUACCAAAGAGGAGUUAGACACACUAGUGUCCAACCUUAGGGAAGAGGGACGUGUUCUAGUGGCCAAUAAGGAUUACGCCCAGGCUUGUGCCAUAUACACCAAGGGAAUAUCCCUAUUAUCAGGAGAUACAGACCCGGAAACAUUAUCGAUAUUCUACUCUAAUCGCAGCCACACCUACCUCAUGACUGGUGAUAUGGAUAAGGCCAAAUCGGAUGCCGAGAUGUGCAUAAGCCUGAACCCCAAGUGGCCUAAGGGGUACCUGCGAUUAGCCAGUGUCCACAAAGCAGAAGGAAGUCAGGUGGAUUACUUACAUAACCUCUUCCAAGCAUAUACCCAGGAUACCACCAAUACAGGGCUACGUGACCUGUUCCAACGCGAAGUCGAGCGUGGGAAAGGCAUUAUGGCAUCGGAACAAAAUCUGCAAAGUGCAGAUAGAUAGUUCUGGGUGUUAUAUACCAACAAUG